AUGCUGCAGGACGCCCGUUCAAGUGCAGACUAUGUUGCAUCAGACGACGAGCCACCCACUCUGAACGACAUCGUGGCGCGCAGGAAGUGGACCCCCGGUGAGGCAGGCAAGACCGUAUCCGUUUAUAACAAGUCGUGCAUCCGCAACAGACCUGUGGUCAAGGACAAGAUGGACUACAUAUGCGGCAUCCUCGACGACAACGGCUCUGGAGUGUUCGUCGUUCACACCUCCGACGUGUCGCUCCUUGGUCACUACUGGACAUUGCACGUCUUCCACGGAAUUGCUUUGUGGCGUCGGAAGACCCUCCUUGUGUGA